GGCUGUCAGUCGGAUCCGAGAGCGACGAUUGGCUUUCCUUGACCGUCCCUCAAGAGCCUCCCCGGAGAUUGUCUGAGGUGGGAGAAGAGCUGAGGAGACCCGGAGCCGACGGACGGGUGAAGGCCAUGCCACCUCCUGGGAAAGUUCCCCGGAAGGAGAAUCUGUGGCUACAGUGUGAGUGGGGUUCCUGCUCCUUUGUGUGCUCAGCCAUGGAAAAGUUCUUUGAGCAUGUCACUCAGCACCUACAGCAGCAUCUGCACAGCUCUGGAGAGGAGGAGGAAGAAGAAGAGGAGGAUGACCCCCUUGAGGAAGAAUUCUCCUGCUUGUGGCAGGAAUGUGGCUUUUGUUCUCUGGACAGUUCUGCUGACCUCAUCCGCCAUGUCUACUUCCACUGCUACCACACCAAGCUGAAACAGUGGGGGCUGCAGGCCUUGCAAAGCCAGGCUGACCUCGGCCCCUGCAUCCUGGACUUCCAGAGCCGGAACGUCAUCCCUGACAUCCCUGACCACUUCCUGUGUCUGUGGGAGCACUGUGAGAGUUCCUUCGACAAUCCUGAGUGGUUUUAUCGCCAUGUGGAAGCCCACAGUCUGUGCUGUGAAUAUGAAGCAGUCGGCAAGGACAACCCUGUGGUGCUGUGUGGCUGGAAAGGCUGUACCUGCACCUUCAAGGACCGCAGUAAACUUCGGGAGCAUCUCCGCAGCCAUACCCAGGAGAAAGUGGUAGCCUGCCCCACCUGUGGGGGCAUGUUUGCCAACAAUACCAAGUUCUUAGAUCACAUCCGUCGCCAGACCUCAUUGGAUCCCCUUCUUUCUUCUGCCUGCCCCACCCCAGAGCAGCACUUCCAGUGUUCUCACUGUUCCAAGAGAUUUGCCACAGAGCGGCUGUUGCGGGACCACAUGCGCAACCAUGUGAAUCACUAUAAGUGCCCUCUGUGUGACAUGACUUGUCCACUGCCUUCCUCUCUCCGCAACCACAUGCGCUUUCGUCACAGUGAGGACCGGCCCUUUAAAUGUGACUGUUGUGACUACAGCUGCAAGAAUCUUAUUGACCUCCAGAAGCACCUGGAUACCCACAGCGAGGAGCCAGCCUACAGGUGUGAUUUUGAGAACUGCACCUUCAGUGCCCGUUCCCUCUGCUCUAUCAAGUCCCAUUACCGCAAAGUACAUGAAGGAGACUCUGAGCCAAGGUACAAAUGUCAUGUGUGUGACAAAUGCUUCACACGGGGUAACAACCUCACCGUGCACCUUCGUAAGAAGCACCAGUUCAAGUGGCCUUCAGGGCAUCCCCGUUUUCGGUACAAGGAACAUGAAGAUGGCUACAUGCGGCUGCAGCUGGUUCGCUAUGAGAGUGUAGAGCUGACACAGCAACUGUUGCAGCAACCACAAGAGGGAUCGGGCCUGGAAGCGUCACUGAAUGAGAGCAGCCUGCAGGGCAUUAUUCUAGAAACAGUGCCAGAGGAGCCAGGACGUAAAGAAGAGGAAGAGGGCAAGGGCGGCGAAGGGACAGCCCUCUCAGCCUCUCGGGACAACCCCAGUUCUGUCAUCCAUGUGGUAAAUCAGACCAGUGCUGAAGGCCAGCAAGAGAUUGUUUACUAUGUGCUCUCUGAAGGCCCGAGAGAGCCUCCCCCAGCCCCUGAGCCACCCUCAGGGGAUAUCAUGGAAAAGUUUCAAGGAAUAGCUGAGGAGCCAGAGAUCCAGAUGGUGUGAAGGCUGCAGAGCCAGACCACUUCUUCCCCAGGCCCCAGAAUUUGAGCCAGGCAAGUGGCAGUGUCCCUUGGGCAGCCGUUGCCAAUGGAUGCCUUUAGGAGUGGUGCUGAGAGGAGUGUGGUCCAUUCUGGCCCAAGUUUGCAUCAUUGUGCAGACUCUAAAGACUUCCCGUUUCUGCCAGACUGCAUUUUGUGAGGAGCCUGAGGACUUUGUAUUCUUGAGGGGCUCCUGGAUUUGUGUGUUCUUGUUAAAGGGGCUGUUAUCAGACUUAACCAUAACCCCCAAGACAUGCUUGACAGUGAUUAAAUCUUUAGCUCACAUCCAUUCCCAUCUUUAGAGGUCCUUAGGCCCAAGGGUGGCAUGUGAUGCGUCGCUACAAGGGUCCUUUCUUCAUCACCAGCCAAGGCAUUGAGAACCAAUUAACCAUUUUCCUCUUAAGGUUUCCUCUACAACCCCAAGGACUUUCAUGGUUAUCCUCAGGGACAGAAUUGGAGGCAUUGAGUGUGUUUAUUAAUGAUUGUUUUUGGUAAUAAAAGAAAUGCUUGAACUCUUA